CUGUGCUGGAUAGCUUUGAAUGGGGAGUACUAAAUUGAGACGGUGGAGUAUGAAAUGCGAUGAACCACAUCCGCGUUUCUCUCGCGAAAGGAGCUCGAUGUAAGUGCCGGAUAAGCGCGCCGUUCUAAUUGUCCCUACUCGCUCACCGUCGUUGGCAGCAUAUUUUCACAUGACUUCGCUUGUGAUCCGCAUUACUUAACUACUCGGCUUUAAGUCUGCGGAUGACGGAAAAGAACGGGGAAAUGGAUGAAAGAGAUCGUUUUUAAAUUUCAUGCGACGAAGAGUUUUGGAAAAAAACAACCGCAUUUAUAUUUCUGUCUGAAACGUGUUCGUUUCCUGUUAAUACCGCGAAUCGUUUGGUCACAAAAAGCUGUGGUACGACUAUGGCCGUCUUGACAAGAUCGUAGGGAUGGCAGAUGGGGGAGAUGGCGCGGAGCAAAGCAGGACUGCCUGUAAACCAAUGAGAGUGACUUCUUCCUGUCCAUGAUGGCCGAGUCCACCGCACUCGAGCCCAGGUGGUGCACUUAUUUCUUUCUGUAUGAUGAGUCAAAGGUCACAGAAGAAGGUGACCCUACCAGAGCUGGCAUCUGCUACUUCUACCCAGAGGAGACGCCACUAGACCAGCAGGAGCUGCUGUGUGGGCAGCUGGCUGGUGUCUGCAGGUGUAUCCGUGAGAUGUCCCGCUCACCUGCAAGGUUGGUCCGCCUGCGCAGGCGUAAGUUCGCCAUCCACAUGCGAGGAGACUUCCUGUGGGCGCUGGGCUGUACCCUGGAUAUUCCAGAUGUCAGCGCCUGGGCUUUUCUGGAUCAUCUCAUCGGCCUUUUCCGUUUCUACAAUGGCUCCAUACGGCAGAGCUACCAGCUACGCAGUAAGGAAGAGCUGGCGUCGCAGUGGUCGCAUUACCUGGAUCACUUGCAGGGUGGCGCCAGCGAGCUCCACCACAUCUUCAGCGCCUUGCACACCAUUGAUUCGACACAUAUCGACCCUCUGCUUCUCCUCAAGGCUGCUCUCAUUCUGCAGGCCUGCCAACGCUGCCCCUUAGUGGUCGCUGGCUGCAUCUCAUACCAUGGCAGGGUGGUCAGCACGCAGAUGCCCCCUGAGCUCACAGCUAUGGUGGUUUGUCAGCGGGACCAUCAGAACCUGGACUUUACACCUGUGGUCAAUGGGCUCGGUUCUGGUGGCCCCCAAACUCCAUCUGCCAGUGUGAAUUCCACAGCUGUGUUCCUGUCCCCCGCUGAGCUCCAUGUUCUACGGCACCCCCCGGUGGACCGGGUACACAGGUCUGUCAGCCCCCUCCAGCAGACCACCUGCACCGGCAAGCCCCGCCUCCUAUCCCGCACCCUGUCCGACAUACCUGAGCCCACAGGCUUAGUGGCUCCCAGAGCGUCUUAUCAGGCAAUGCCCUGCUCCACCGACUCCUCCCUGUCUGACGAGGGCGGCUCUGCUCCCAGAGUCUCACCAGAGCCCGCCCGUCAUCACUUCCCCAGCCCCGCCUCUUGGUCUGAGGGCCAGGCCCUUCCUCACUUUCUGGCCAAUCAAGAGCCCCAUCACGCAGGAUCGCCCAAUGGGCUGCCAUUUCCCAGACCCGAAGAUCUGAGGAAUGAAGGAGACGUCCAAGGACAUACAUACAAGGAUAGCAUGAGCUGUGAGAAAAAGGGUGAAGGGGCCGCAGAGAAAGGGGGCUUGGGGAACCAGCUGGAGAAGCUCAGUGGUGUGGAGGACAGGGAUGGCACGAGGGGGACAAAGGAGUCGGGCAAGGGCAAUCAGGAGGAUUACCACACAACCGUGACCUCUGAGCCAGUGAAGGAAGAGCUCCCCCUGGUGGCCAUGGCCCUGUAUCGUCACAGGGUCCAAGGACUGGUCCUGGCACUGCUGGUGGAGCCACACUUUCAGAACGAUGCCGUUGCCAUGGAGGAGGUGUACCACAGCAGCCUGGCGUCUCUGAACGGCCUGGAGGCUCACCUGUGCAGCACCCCCCUGGAGCCCUCCAGUGCACAGGGCUGCCCGUACACGUUCGUGUACUAUGACCGCCUGCAGAACACGCUUGCAACCAACCUGCCCUUCGCGGGCCCUUCGGUCCCAGCGGGGGAAGCCCAGGGCACCGUGCUUGUGAAAGCUGCAGCCAUCCUUCACACACACUUCUCCCAGGAUGCCAUGCUGCAGGAGGUCAUCCUCAGGAACGCUGGAUCAGCUGUGUACGGAACUUGCAAUUCAGCCCAGGAGACCUAUUUUCUUCAGCAGGGGGCAACAGUGAGGAACUCUGGGGUUCCCAACCCACAGGACAGUGCCUUCUCCUUACCCACCAAGGCCAGACACAAGCUGCUGAAGCAUGGGCUCAACCUGCUGUGACCGUCUCCCUGCAAUGCCUAUUCACAAUAGCAAUAAUAAUAAUAGUAGUAAUACACCUGUGGCCUGUACUAUGGAACGGGGUUACUGGCUUAUCGGGGUAACGUCGGAUUUAAGGUACCACAGUCUAAAUGGGCUUCAUAUUCGUUCACUUACAUUCUGCACAGACUACCUUAAAUCCGACAAGUUACCCCAAUAAGCCAGUAACCCUGCUUCGUAGUACAGGCCACUGUUCACCUCCAUGAUCAAAUCCACCUCUUUGGUCUAUGAUCAAACCCACUUCCUCUGUCUGUGAUGAAAUCCACUUCCUCUGUCUGUGAUCAAAUCCUCCUCCUUGGUCUGUGAUCAAACCCACUUCCUCUGUCUGUGAUGAAAUCCUCCUCCUCGGUCUGUGAUGAAAUCCACUUCCUCUGUCUGUGAUCAAAUCCUCCUCCUUGGUCUGUGAUCAAAUCCACUUCCUCUUUCUGUGAUGAAAUCCUCCUCCUCUGUCUGUGAUCAAAUCCACUUCCUCGGUCCGUGAUCAAAUCCACCUCUUCAGUCUAUACAACUGUUCACCUCCUGGGUCUACGAUCAAAACCACCUCAGUCUUUACACUGUUCACUCCUUCAGUCUAUGACCAAAUCCCCUUCCUUGGUCUAUACACCCUCAGUCUGUACUCAGACCUUUUCACUGUCAAUCACCACUGUAGCCUGCACACACGCACAAACAUUAAUCCAUACAUACAUUUCGCUCUGGCUGUCCUUGUUCACCUGCUACAUAGAGAGAGACACAGCACGCUGAUGUUUAUAUCAUGUGAGUAUUUAUGUGAAGCUGCAGAUGAAGUAGCUGAUUGGUUGAUCAGGUAAAGCCUCAGUAAUUUUAUGCUCUGCUGUGGAAGGACAAUGGCACAUAUACUUACGCUGAAUCAUCUCUGUAAACUAAUGACCUGUAUGAAUAAUCAGCGGUGGAAAACGGCAAACUCUGUAAAUGCCCUCAGAUAAAUGGCAGGAGAGCCGGAGACAGGAAGACUCGUGCCAAUGAGGUGAAACAGAAAUAACACAGUUUUCCCAAAUCCAGGCCAAAAAAGCCUCAGAUCUCAGCCAUUGGGUUUCAUCUGACUUCAUCUUGCCUGAACUGAAAAAUUUGUGGCCUCCGUUCAGAGGUCUCACCCUAAUAUAUUUAAUCCAGCCUUUUCCCAAUUAUUGCAGCUUUGAAGGUCUAUACUUGGCUGUGGUGUUCCAUGGUCAUUAGAAAACAUUAGCAACAUGUAUUACAGUUUAUCAGUACAUGGAAAAGUCAAUAGUACAGUGACCUAACGUGUUGUAAAGACAUUUAUUACAGCUGCAUAUCAAUAGCUGAAAUGUCUCUGAGUAAUAUUUUUAAAACAAAAAGGAGAUGAAAAGUAUCUAAAAUAGACUAUAGCUAAGUGGAAGUUACCUACCAACAGAGCAAGCCAGAUAAGUUUGUAUGGUUGCUGUAAAACCGUGCCAAUAAUUGGGCUGUGAUUAUUGCGCACGUGCAUAUUGUGCAGUCUCCAUUUUUAUUCAGUCACUUGAAGUGACUGGGCCCCUGUUUUAACACUCCUUUGUCAAUAUUAGAUGUAUUUAAAAGCAGCUUUAUGUUCGCUCUUUAAAUCUGGCCUUCCAAAGCUGUGUGUCAUUCCCUCUGUGUGCUGCAAAUAAAGACAGCAUUGUCACAUCUUC